AUGGAGCAGCAGAAGGAAGAGACGGGCCCGGACGGGAACAACCUGCCGCCGCCCGGGCCUGGGCCCUGGCCCCCCAUGCUCUUCCCAGGCCUGGGCACCCCAGACCCGGCACACCUGGGGCUGCCCGAGAGCCUGGCCUCCAUCACCGUGCCCAUCCGCCUGGACGCCCUGUCCUACCUCCUGCACAGUGCCUUGUUGGGGGCCCGCAACCUCCAGCAGUCCCUGCCCUCCUGCACCUGCCACCCCCAGGCUCCCGACCCCCGGCCCCAGGCUGAAGCCAGGAGGCCGUUCAGGGGGGGUGGGGACUGGGACGUCCCUCCCAGGCCAGGCUGGGGCAGGGGCCGGGGCCGGGACCCGGGGAGGAGGGGAAGGGGCCUUGGGAGGUCUGAGCAGCCCAAGCCCGUCUGGGCAGGGGACUCCAAGGCUGGCCCCAGGACCCCUCCCAUGAUGCCGUCAUCACCCCCAGCACUGCCUGCCCAGGAGGGAAAGAAGGAAGCGGGGCAUCUGGAGCCACCCCUGGCCACGCCACCUGCCGCCGAGGACUGGGACAUUGAGUACUAG